AACGAGAUGGGGAAUGAGUUCCUCGUCCCCGUUGGGUGGAUUUUUUCUACCCUCUCCCUCGCUCAUUCCCUACCUGAAUGGAGUCAAUGCACUCGUAGGCCCUUAUCAUGGGACCCAUCCACAUUCAUCCAAGUGUAGGGCUCAAGCAAGGGUCACAUGGGCCAAGCUAUGCAGUGAUCUCAAAAUGAAAAAAAUUAUUCAAAAAACCGUCGCAAAAUAUUUGUCUCUUAAUGAGUUUGCACAAUGUGUUUAUGUUUUAAUAUUUUAUUUUGGCAUCUUGUGUUGUUUAUAAAUUACUCAGAUCACAUGCCACCUCUCUUACACUCAUUGCUUGCUUAUCUUCAGCAUCUUCCUUAGAUUCUCAUUCCAAAAAUUUCUCUCUGUAUUCAUUUUCCCUCACAGCCUUUCUCAGUGAACACAGGGAAUCUUCAGCAAAGGGACAGCACAGCCAGAUCUCUAAGCCCUUUCCCUUUUGACCCAAAGUUUGUCACCUUUCUUCGACAUGUGCAAAACCCCUUUUAAAGGAACCUCCUCCUACCAAUCACACCCAUGCAGCAACUUCUUCAAUGGGUUUUCAAGGAAACUAACGAAAAAGAUGGGCAUAGGACUUCACAUUCCACCAAGAAGGGAGCAAGUUGGGAUCAAAGGAGAUAGUGGUGUCUAGUCCAAGAACUGAGGACUUUGAUAACAUGCAACAAUAUUGGAUCCAAAAGAUGAUAAACGAAGAUAUUGCUAAGGGAAUGAGAGAGAUUGGUCAAAUGGCAGAUUCUCCUUCUGUUCAUGCAGGCACCAAAGUCUUGCCAAUCACUGAUACCACUUUAGUAGAGCAAUGCAGCAAAAAAGAAGUUAUCUCCAAUGGGGAGACUAAAACCAAAGCCAAAUCAAGAAUGAAGGAGCUUUUGAGAUGGGCUGUGGCUUCAAAAUCAAAAAAAGGAGGAAAGUUCAUCACUGACAAGGUAUCACGAACACGAAACCGAGAAGCUCCUGGCCGGGACGAUGAUCAAGCGAGCAACGACUCCCGCAAGGUCAGUUUCAGAUGGGAAGCUGAAAGACGCUCCUCCGUUUCCUCAACCUACUCAUCGGUAUCGCGAGUUUCCUCCUUCAAGAACUGUUCCAUUACCCUUAAUUCCACUGCCAUUGAAGAAAUCAAUCACUGUUGUCCAAGAAAAGGAAGCUGGAUCACUACAGAUUCUGAAUUUGUUGUGCUUGAGCUGUGAAGGAAGAGGAAGACAGAUUAUCAACUGUUUGAUCUACUUGCAAUCUGUGAAUUGUCAGAGGAUUUUUAUGUAAAUUUUUUUUGAAGUAUCUGAAAGAACAUGCAUCUGAAGUAAACAUUUUGAAUGUAAUUCAAACCAUCAUCUAACAAGUUUUUAGUGUAAGAGGGUAA